AUGAAGUUAAGCGUGUGGAUGGUGUUGGCACUGGGUGCUCUUGGGCUCAGGUACGGCCAGACGGUGGUGACCCGAACGGUGGUGGAAACAAUAAUUGUGGACGAACCAGACGAUUUCACUUCUCAAUGGUGUAAUACUACUGCUUUGAACGCUACAGAAAAGCCUUUUCCAACGGCACCACCGAUCUCGUUGCAGCCAUUCCCAACUAGAAAGUAUGGCUUGCAGUUUGAUAACGAUGGCCAUUUGAGAAUUGGCAAAGAAGUACACACUUUCGUUCCUUCGUCCGAAACUUCAACCAUGAGCUCUUACUCCACAACCUCUUCCUCGGUGGGAACUCCGUUAGAAGCAUCAAAUUCUAAAUCUUCAGAUGAACCAAAUUCAUCUUCAGUGCAAGUGCCAAAUUCAAUUUCUUCGGAACCAAAUUCAAUUUCUUCGGAACCAAUUUCAAUUUCUUCGGAACCAAUUUCAUCUUCAGUGCAAGUGAUUUCUUCGGAACCAAAUUCAAUCGAUGAAGUGUUCACGGUUGCUCCAUCUCCCCUGGUGACUCCAGGAGUUGACUUCCCAAUCACAAGCUCCCUUCCACUUGCACCUGACAAUCAGGUUACUGAUAUUGUCACUGAUAUUGUCACUGAUAUUACUGAUAUUGUCACUGAUACUCCGACUUCAAGCCAAACGAAGGAAACUCAACGCAAAACAACAUCUUCAAUAGCCUUUUUGCAUCCGUCCAUUGGAAAGAUCGUGUCGUUUGGUUCUUCAAGUUCUUCCUCGGAAUCCGAACCUCUUCCAACCCUCACUACCCUGUCGUCUUCCUCAAAGACUGCAAGCUGGAGACGUACACCCAGAACCAGAAAACCUAUGUCCAAGCUAACCUAUGCAAAUAAACCUACAUCAACUAAGUUAAAAUCCAGCAAAACUCCGAAGACCAAAACGAAAACUAUUACCAACCAACCUCUUAAUUUAUCACGUUUGAACCCGAUUCUUCCACCCUCCAAUCGCACAAUUGCCUAUCGGAACUCCUGUAAUCAAUACCAACUCCAAAUUUACUCUUCAAUCCUUGGAAUUCUCUUGUUCUUAUGUAUUCUUUUAUGA